AUAUCAUUAAAUAUAUAUAUUAACACGUAAUUGUGUUCGUGUAUAUAAAUGUAAAUUUAUAUCACAUGCCUUAAAUGCAAAAUGGGUAUAUUAGAAAAAAUAUCUGAAAUUGAGAAAGAAAUUGCUCGGACACAAAAAAAUAAAGCAACUGAAUAUCAUUUGGGACUGUUAAAAGCAAAACUUGCAAAAUACAGGUCACAACUGUUAGGGCCUCCAAAAAAAUCUGAAAAAGGAGAGGGUUUUGACGUAUUAAAGUCAGGAGAUGCAAGAGUAGCAUUAAUAGGUUUUCCUUCUGUAGGAAAAUCUACAUUGUUAAGCACAUUAACACAUACAGAAUCAGAAGCAGCAUCUUAUGAAUUUACUACUCUAACUUGUAUUCCUGGUGUUAUUGAGUAUAAAGGAGCUAAUAUUCAACUUCUUGAUCUUCCUGGUAUAAUUGAAGGUGCUGCACAGGGUAAAGGAAGAGGAAGACAAGUUAUAGCUGUUGCAAGAACAGCAGAUUUAGUUCUUAUGAUGUUAGAUGCAACUAAACAAGAUGUACAAAGACAACUUUUAGAAAAAGAAUUAGAAUCAGUUGGUAUAAGACUUAAUAAAAAGAAGCCAAACAUAUAUUUUAAAGUUAAGAAAGGAGGUGGAUUGGCUUUCAAUUCCACAUGUCCUCUGACAAAAGUAGAUGAAAAAUUAGUUCAAAUGAUCCUACAUGAAUACAAAAUUUUUAAUGCUGAGGUUUUGUUUCGUGAAGAUUGUAGUGCAGAUGAAUUGAUUGAUGUAAUUAAUGCCAAUAGAGUAUAUUUACCAUGUCUUUAUGUUCACAAUAAAAUAGAUCAAAUAUCGAUAGAGGAAGUGGACAGAAUUGCUAGGCAACCUAACAGUGUAGUAGUUAGUUGUAAUAUGAAACUAAAUUUGGAUUUUUUACUUGAGACAUUAUGGGAAUAUUUAUCAUUAAUAAGAGUUUAUACAAAGAAACCUGGCCAACCACCUGACUUUGAUGAUGGUUUAAUAUUACGAAAAGGUGUUACUGUAGAACACGUAUGUCAUGCAAUUCACCGCACACUUGCUCAACAGUUUAAAUAUGCUCUUGUAUGGGGUACAAGUACCAAGUAUUCACCUCAGCGGGUAGGACUGCAGCAUGUUAUGCACGAUGAAGAUGUUAUUCAAGUAGUUAAAAAAUAAAAUUUUGACAAUUAUAUGAAUUAUUGAUGAAAAUUCAAAUAUCAUAGAAAUGCUUUAUAUAUUUUUAUUUCGUAUACAUUAAUAAGCAAAAAAAUAAAUUAAAUUUGGGAUUUAUUUUAAUUAAUUUAAAAAUGAAACUUUCAAAACGUAUAUUUUAGAGUAGUUUCCAAAUAUAAUCAUUUAAAUAAAAUUUUUUAUACAUUUAAAUUGUACACAAUUAAUUUUAUAAGCACAUUUUUUAUAAUUUUAUAACUGGUUGAAUACAGUAAAGUCACAUUAACUACUCGUUAAUACUAGAUCAUUUCACUAAUUUCACUACAUCAUGAUUAUGAGGUAUCGUGGUCAUCAUGAAACAUCGUGUAGCAGUCCCAAUGAACAUAACCGUAGAUUAGAAUUGUACGUACUAUGUUUUUAGUAACAGAACGCAGCAUGCAAAUACGCAGUCUUGAGCUGCGAUUAUAUCCAUUACAAACACUGUACAAUGUUUCUUUGUUCUUGUUGACAUGUUCGUUCCUUGAAACCAAUCAGCUUUCACAAUAAUCAAUCGUAUUUAGAUUCAAAUGAUGAUCGGUUAACGCGACUUUACUGUUUACAAUAGUAAUACCUACACGUCAUUUUAAGAACAUAUAUGUAUUCUUUAGAUGAUAAAAUUUCAUUUACGUA